AUGGCGAAGACAUUAGCCCAAGGCAGGAAACCGGGAAGUGGUAGAAAACCAGGGAAGGCUAAGACAUUAAGAGAGGGUAGAAAACCAGGUAGUGGGAGGAAACGUAGAGAGCCAGCCCUUAAUAAUCAUACACAAUUACAAUCAGAAGCACAAAUUGGCACAAAUAAAACGUUAAAUGACAACUUAACGAAGUCGCCCACGAAUGAACUCAAUUUCACUCUAAGAGACAUGGAAGCUGUGGACGCCCUUCGAGGCUUGACACAUAGCCCCCAUUUAUCGUUAUCAUUGCCACCAAUAAUAGAUAACUUGAAAAGUCAUCCACAUAUUCUGGAAGAUGUAUCGAUAAUGAGUUCUUCCCCAUAUCCGCAAUCUUCAGAUCAUUUGCAUAUGAACAAUUCCAACAAUCCCCUAAAUAUUAGGAAAAAAAGUAUGAGUUUGUCUUCCAUUAUGGAUACUAGAAUAUUACAUCAACAUGCAUAUAGUCCGAAGGACCCCAUACGAGAUUCGAAUAACGACACACUCUCUUCAAACAUUGAUACUGGAAUCAAUGCUAAUGAUAAACCAACUUUGAACGAUCAAUUAGCAUCAAUCUUAGAUUAG